GGGCGCGGACACACAGCCCACGCGCGAGCAGCUUCAGCGCGCGCCAGAGAGCGUCUCGUGUGUGUGCCUGCAGAAAAAACCGUCCGUUUCCGAAUUAUAGCCGAUCAGUCGGUGCGUCUCUAGUCCAAACCUCCGAACGGGAGCAAACAAAAUGAGUUGCCUGAGUCAAAUCUCCGAGGAUGACCUGCUGUGUCCCGUGUGCUACGACAUCUUCACCGAUCCCGUGCUUCUGUUAUGCAGCCACAGCGUCUGCAGAGCUUGUCUGGAAGAGUUCUGGAGCUCCAGAGGCUUUCAGGAGUGCCCGGUGUGCCGGAAAAAAUUCACGGCGUGUGAACCGCCCGCCAACCUCGCGCUGAGGAACGUGUGCGAGACGUUCAUCCAGAACAGAAGCUCCUCUUCACCCGAGGCGCUCUGUGACGCGCACGGAGAGAAAGCCCGGCUCUUCUGUCUGGAUGACGAGCGUCUCGUGUGUUUGGUGUGCAGAGAUUCAGAGAAACACCUGCAGCACACCUUCAGACCUGUCGAUGAAGUCGCGCCGCUUCUAAAGGAGGAGUUGAAAGCUGCGGUGAAAGAUUUAGAAGAAAAACUCGAGAGCUUUAAAGAAAUAAAACAAACACUCGACGAUGCGUCACGACACAUUAAGGCCCAGACUCAGCAGACCGUGAGAUGCCUGCAGGAGGAGUUUGAGAGGCUUCAUCGGUUUCUUCGAGAAGAGGAGAUGAUCAGAAUAUCUGCACUGAUAGAGGAAGAGAAUCAGAAGAGUCGGAUGAUGAAGGAGAGGAUUGAACAAAUAGACAGAGAGAUCGAAUCUCUAUCAAACAAUAUUGGAACCAUAAAAAAUGAUUUAGAUGCUGCCAACAUGCUCUUUCUGCAAAACGUCAAGCUCUCAAAAGAAAGAGCUCAGGUCACGCCGGACGAUCCAGCGAUGCCCGCGGGGGCCUUGCUGAAUGUGUCAAAAUACCUGAGGAACCUGAAGUUUGAAGUCUGGAAGAAGAUGAUGCAGAUAGUUCAGCUCGCUCCUGUCACACUGGACCCCAAUACGGCACAUCCUCUGCUGUUCCUGACCGAUGAUCUGACCCAUGUGAAAUCCAGCGCUGACGGACAACAGUAUCCAGACAACCCAGAGAGGUUUGACUUUUAUCAGUGCGUGCUGGGCUCUGAGGGCUUUACCUCUGGAACUCACUUCUGGGACGUGGAGGUCCUGAACAACACGUGCUGGUCUGUUGGAGUAACCACAGCAUCUAACCGGAGAAAAGGAGGUAGUUUCUUUGACACCGGAGUGUGGCGCGUGCGCUACAUGGCCGGUCAGUACACAUCACAGUCAGCGUUCAUGCCUCGCGUGCAUUUAGCUCUUGAUAAACAGCUGAAGGUGAUCAGAGUUCAGCUGGACUGGGACGCAGGAAAGGUUUCGUUCUCCGAUCCUCUUACUAACACACAUCUGUGCACUUUCACCACUACAUUUAAUGAAGCAAUCUAUCCAUUUCUCUAUAACAGCUGUACAGAUUUCCCGCUCAGAAUCUUACCCGUGAAACUCAGUAUUGAAGUGGUAUCCUAAAUGAAGCCUUUGCAUUGAGGAAAUUUUUUUUUACUUGUUUCGUUGUUUGGUUUUUCUGCAUCACCCUUUGGGUGUUAACUGUCAUUAAGUGAAAUGUGAAUUACUUUAAGCAUGUAGUAAAUACUAUAAAAUAAUCAGAAAUUGAGAAAAAACACUUUGCUGUUCUGGCUUUAAGUUAAAAAAAAAAAAAAAUCCUGAUAGAAGAGGGUCCAGCUGGCUUUUAUGCCGUUUAUACUCAUUCAGAAGUAGCAAAAAAAAAAUUUUUUUCAUAAAUGUUUAAAUCACCCAAAAUAGCUUCGUUGUUUUUACAAUUCUGUAUUUUGUGAAAAUCUGAAUAUUUUAAUGGUAAAUAAUUUGUCAAUUGACUUUUAUUAGGACACAUUAACAUCUUUUAACGUUCCACAGAACAACAUUAUUUACUCUAAUAUUAUUCCAAAACUGUUACCAUUUAAACAUUUUGCAUAGAAGUACUAAACCUUAAUAAUGGAAGGAAAAUCUUACUUUUUAUAAAUAAUUUUUAGGGUUAAACAGUUGAUUGUGUACACCACCUUAGUGUUAACUGUAGAAACAGAAACGUUUGGGGAAGUUUACUGUUUCAAUACUGUUCAGCAACUAAAAAACGAAGCACAGGUGUUAGUUCGUCUAAAGCCAUUUUUUAAACUGGAUUAGAUUUAACCAUUAUUGCAGGUUUCAGUCAUAUUUACUAAUUAGUCAGUCAUGUUACCUCUAACACGUUUAAAAGUUACAUCUUUAAAAUGUUUUUGUGAUCAAAUUAACUAAACAAUGCAACAUUAUUCUGUAUUAUACCAAAUCUUUAUUGAAUAAAAUAUACAAACAAUGAAGGUCAUGAACGGAAGCUCUAGGACUGAUAGAACGGCACUAAAUUGAGAGUAAUUGGUGUCCAGUAAAAAUGUGUAACAGGCCCACAAUUAACACUACAUAUCAAAUGAUAUAUAAAAGAAAACCAUAUUCUAUUGUGUAAAUGCACCUGAUUGCAUGGCUGAAUAAUAAAACUCACAAUCUGUCAUCUGAAAUCAAGCCUUAAUUUAUAAGUGUAACCAAGUCCAUUCAAAAUGUGUUGGUAUCCACAUUCGCUUUUGAAAUUAAUGUUCAUGUUUGUCAAGUUAAAAUGAAAUGGAUUCUGACAUAAAAUUAGAAGCUUUGCAACUGGGUGCUUGUAAUAAAUAUACAUUCAUAAAUA